UCCUCUCUCGGCCCCAUGGAGACCUCACCCAUCCCCCAGUCAUCAGGAAACUCAUCCACGUUGGGAAGGGCCCUUCAAACCCCAGGUCCCUCCACUGCCAGCGGGGCUCCGGAGUUGGGACUACGGGACGUGGCUUCGGAAUCUGUGGCCCUCUUCUUCAUGCUCCUGUUGGAUCUCACUGCUGUGGCUGGCAAUGCUGCUGUGAUGGCUGUCAUCGCCAAGACACCCGCCCUCCGAAAAUUUGUGUUUGUCUUCCAUCUGUGUCUGGUGGACCUGCUGGCUGCCCUGACCCUCAUGCCCCUAGCCAUGCUCUCCAGCUCUGCCCUCUUUGACCAUGCCCUCUUUGGGGAGGUGGCCUGUCGCCUCUACCUGUUCCUGAGCGUUUGCUUUGUCAGCCUGGCCAUCCUUUCGGUGUCUGCCAUCAAUGUGGAGCGCUACUAUUAUGUGGUCCACCCCAUGCGCUACGAGGUGCGCAUGACACUCGGGCUGGUGGCCUCCGUGCUGGUGGGCGUGUGGGUAAAGGCCCUGGCCAUGGCUUCUGUGCCAGUGUUGGGAAGGGUCUACUGGGAGGAAGGAGCUCCCAGCGUUAACCCUGGCUGUUCUCUCCAAUGGAGCCGUAGUGCCUACUGCCAGCUUUUUGUGGUGGUCUUCGCUGUUCUUUACUUCCUGCUGCCCUUGAUCCUGAUCUUUGUGGUCUACUGCAGCAUGUUUCGAGUGGCUCGUGUGGCUGCCAUGCAACACGGGCCGCUGCCCACGUGGAUGGAGACGCCCCGGCAACGCUCUGAGUCUCUCAGUAGCCGCUCUACUAUGGUUACCAACUCCGGGGCUCACCAGACCACCCCUCACCGGACGUUCGGGGGUGGGAAGGCAGCAGUGGUCCUCCUGGCUGUAGGGGGGCAGUUCCUGCUUUGCUGGCUGCCCUACUUCUCUUUCCAUCUCUACGUUGCCCUGAGCGCGCAGCCCAUUUCAACAGGACAGGUGGAGAACGUGGUGACCUGGAUUGGCUACUUUUGCUUCACUUCCAACCCUUUUUUCUACGGAUGUCUCAACCGUCAGAUCCGGGGCGAGCUUAGCAAACAGUUUGUCUGCUUCUUCAAGGCAGCUCCGGAGGAGGAGCUGAGGCUACCUAGUCGUGAGGGCUCCAUUGAGGAGAAUUUCCUGCAGUUCCUCCAGGGGACCUCUGAGAACUGGGUUUCUCGGCCCCUACCCAGCCCUAAACGGGAGCCACCCCCUGCUGUUGACUUUCGAAUCCCAGGCCAGAUUGCCGAGGAGACCUCAGAGUCCCUAGAGCAGCAACUCACCAGCGACAUCAUCAUGUCGGACAGCUACCUCCGUCCCGCCCCCUCACCAAGGCUGGAGUCAUGA